GGACCCGUGGGGCAGUGCAGCAGCAGCAGCAGCAGCAGCAGCAGUGGAGUCACUCCAUCUCUUCUUCUUCUUCUUCUUCUGUAACAGUUUCUCAGCCCAGAUUCCGUCCUGCUCUGGACUUUGGCUCCGGACUCUCGGACCUUUCUUCCCGCAGCAGAACUCCUGUUCUGGCCGCCGCGGCUGCACCGCCAUCGACGGAGAGCAGCGGAAUAACUGAGGAUUAAUUUUGUGGAAUUUACGGAUCAGUGAAUUGAGGAUUGAGUUGGAGAAGAAAGUCCGUGAGAAGUGUUGAUGCUGUGGCUGUUUUUUUUUCUUUCUUUUUUUUCUGGUUCUUCCUUUUUGUGAAUGUAAACUGAUGCGCGUCCGGACUAUGCUGUGUGGAGCGUGCGUGGGAUUUCCACGGUGUGGUGGAGUCGAGGUCUUUGCCCCAGCGCCGGAGGGAGUUGAGUGUUGAGUGCAUUGGCGACAUUAGCGGGUCACGGAGCCGUGGACGUGUCUUCACCUCCUCUUUUUCUGCCCACGGUUCGGUGAUGCUCACGGAAACGCGUGACUGACCGUGACUUUCUGAUGCUGCAGCCACACCGCCACAACAACACGGGAACCAGCGGCUGCGCAUGUUGUGCGCACCGCGGUGCCCAGACCCCGGGUCCUGUACGACGAGUGUGAUCGAUGUAGCAUCUCUGGAGACCCCGACGGGGCCGACGGGACACAGUCAAAACUGUCUAAGCUGUCGUAUGUUCAAGUCCAAACGCUCCGGUCUCGUACGGCGACUGUGGAGAAGCCGUCUGGUCACCGAGAGCGACGGGCGGGAUGGAAGCAGAAGAGGCGAGGGAGGACGACACGCUGCGUGGGGAGGACACUCGGGGAAUCUCUACAGACACGAGCAGCGUGCGGUGACGAACGCUGAGCCGUCACCCGGGCUCGGCGGGGAGGCUGGAGACCUGACGGAGUGCGCGGAGAGAGAAGACGGCGAGAAGCCCGACGAUGACCGCGGUGCCAUGUGCGUCCCGGAGCACAGAGGCCACGGUGCGGGACAGGAGGGCGACACUAGUACGGUGACGUGUUGUUUAUUUGGGGAAUGGGACCGCCGACCACGGAGCCCAUAUUGGGCCCCGAGGAGGGACGGAGCGGGCUCUUAUCAGUGCGCAACGAGACGCGGAAUGUUGGAGGACGAACUCGCCAUCACCGCUCAUGUGUUUUUGAAAAGACUGAAGGAGAGACCUCUGGAGGCCUUGGCCAAGGCUGUGGACGCCAGAGGGGGGCUGCCCAGCGACUGUGUCAUGGUGCCCGACACCGAGCUGCAGGUCGGGGACCAUGGCAUCUCCCCCCUCCGGCUGCUGUGUAGGCUGUACCGCUGGAGCGACCUGCCGCUCUCAGCGCAGCUCAAACCGCUGAGCCACUGCCAGAGCUGUGGAGCAGUGGACAGCAACAAGGUGUGCUGCAACCCCUACCACUACAGCCGCUUAUGUGAGCCAGAAUCACCUCCUCCUCCGUACUUUCUGUCCCGUUCAGACGAACACAAGCCACUGGACUCAACCGUGUCUUACACUGAAACCGUGCCUCCCCUCUUCUCCAGUCCGCCUCACAUUUUGCCAACAGACUACACAGACACUGGUACCUCCCUGGGCUCCUCCACCACCGCCGGUCAUCGCUCUCACUGGUGCAGCGUUGCCUACUGGGAGCAGCGCACUCGUGUGGGUCGCCUCUAUCCAGCCUACGAGCCCUCGCUCAGCAUCUUCUAUGACCUACCUCAGGGCACGGGCCUCUGCCUGGGCCAGCUUCACGCAAACGCCUACCACAGCCGCCGCGAAGACCCCGGCAGCCCGGGCGCCAUGGGCCUCACGGGACACCCCAUUCACGACGGAGGACGACACAGCAGCAGCAGCAGCAGCAGCAGCAGCGUGCAGCAGAUCCGCAGUAAAAUCGGGUUCGGCAUCGUGCUGAGCCGCGAGGCGGACGGCGUGUGGGUGUACAAUCGCAGCCAGCACCCCGUGUUCGUCCACUCACCCACUCUCGACCCCCCCGGUGCUCGGGGUCUGAGCGUGAAGAAGGUGAUGCCCGGUUUCUCGCUAAAAGUCUUUGACUAUGAGCGCUCCAGCUGGAUGGCUGAGCACGACCUGAAGCCCGGGAGCUGCGAGGGGCCGUGGGACCCCCACAGUGUCCGCAUCAGCUUCGUCAAAGGAUGGGGUCCGUGCUACUCCAGACAGUUCAUCACUUCCUGUCCCUGCUGGCUGGAGGUGCUGCUCAAUAACCACAGAUAACACACACACACACACACACACACUCACACACACACACACACACUCGGUUUCCAGACCCAGUAUCUUAAUUGUAAUCUACCUAGAUUUAAUAUAAAAUUUAUAUAUUAUAUAAAAUAUAUUAUACCUGUAAAUAUUUGAGUCAUUUUUACAAUGCAACUAUUUAUGUUUAGUAUCAUGCGUUUGAGGACAAAAAUAAAACCAGGAACCAGAAUAUACACCUUUAGUUCUAUAUACGCCUAACGGAGUCCUUUUUGCAGAUGUAAACUGUAAGAAUGAACCACAGAGCUGGGCUGCGUUCUCAUGAUUUAAGUAUUCCAUCAAAAUGUAUGCCAUACACAGGUUGUCAAUAAAGUAUUUGUAUUAAACCUGACUGGCUGUGGUGCUGUUUGUUCGCUCUGCUCCAUUUCUGUCCUGUUUCUCCGCUCAGUUCUUGUUUACCUUUGAAUAACUGUCUCUGAGUGUGGCUUAAUAUUUAAUGUGAGUGAUAUUGAUUUUUACUCAUUUCCUUUCAUCAAACGCGCGCCGUCUUCCAUGGAUGGUAAAAAGGAGCAGAAAAGUCCGGUGGGUCAAAUCUGCUCUGUUUGUUACAGUGAGAGUGAAAAAAAAAUGCUACAAAUUAAAAAAAACAUUUCUAAAAGAUCACAUGAGCCGCUGGAUGACACACCCUCAGACCUAAGACCUUCCAGGU